AUGAAAUUCCUUUCUAGGCAUCUUACUGCUGCUCAAGAAAACAAGUCAAUUCCUGGUAUUAAAGUGGUUGCUCUUGCACCAGCCAUCAAUCAUAUGUUAUUUGCAGAUGACUGCUUUAUUUUCACUCAAGCAAACAUUUCUUCAGUCAACAACUUAUUAGAAGUUCUUCAUAUGUUCAGUUCUCAAUCAGGGCAGGUUAUCAACUUUGAUAAAUCUGCAGUCCACUUUAGCAAGAAGACUAAACCAGAAGUUGCAGCAACUAUCACCAACAUUCUUGGAGUCAAAACAAUGAAUUCAAAAGAAAGCAAUCUUUCUCAAGCUGGUCGAGGAACAAUGAUCAAACAUGUGCUUAAUUCUAUUCCUGUUUAUCAGAUGGGAACUUUCAAGCUCCCCAGUAAUUUGAUCAAUCAGCUCACAUCCAUUGAAAAGAAAUUCUUUUGGGGUCAUAAAUAUAAUAGAGAUUCUAAUCCUAUAGCAUGGCAAAAUUUAUGUACUUCUAAGGACCUAGGAGGUCUAGCUUUUAGGGAUCUGGAAAAACUAAACCUUGCUCUUCUCACCAAAUUAGCUUGGAGGAUAUGUAAUGAUUCAGAACAUCUUAUGUUCAAACUUUUGAGCAGCAAAUACUUCAAAAGCAAGGACAUACUUCAUCAAAAUAUAGAAGCUAAAAAUUGUUCCUUCACUUGGAAUGGGAUCACUAAAGGCUUGAAGAUAGUGUAG